AUGUUUGGGAAGAAAACAGAGCCCGAAGUUCAAGAUGUACUGGACCAACGCGAACCUCCCAACAACGAAGUAAUGGCCAACCGCACUGUUGGUAAUACCAGAUUAAGCGGUGCUGCAACAUUAACCGUCAGACAAUCAAUCUACCCCAUCACCCUCGUCACGAUCCUAUUUUUUCUCUGGGGCUUCGCAUAUGGAUUAUUAGACGUGCUGAACGCCAAAUUUCAAACCGCUCUUAACAUCACUGCAGCCAAAGCAGGAGGUCUCCAAGGAGCUUAUUUCGGAGCAUAUUUUAUCGGUCCCCUAACAUACUCCGGAUGGAUCGUACGCAAAUUCGGCUACCGCUGGACAUUUAUCGUCGGCCUAUGUAUCUACGGCGUCGGAGCAUUAAUGUUCUGGCCCUCGGCCGUCUACCGCUCCUUCCCCGGUUUCUGCGGAAGUUUAUUCAUCGUCGGAUCUGGACUCAGCACGCUCGAAACCUCCGCCAAUCCAUUCAUCGCCACAUGCGGACCUCCGCGACUUUCCGAGUUCCGUCUCGAACUCUCGCAGGCGUUUCAGGCUGUAGGAUCGGUCGUGGCUCCUCUUCUUGCCUCGCGAGUCUUUUUCAAAGAGGGUGAUGGGGAAGAUUUGUCCAAAGUUCAAUGGACAUACCUCGGCAUCGCUGCAUUUGUCUUCCUCCUCGCCGUUGUGUUUUUCUUCAGCAAAUUGCCUGAAAUCACUGAUGCGGAUAUGGCAGUGCAAGGCGAACAUUCUGCGGGCCUGACGGGAUUCGAAGAUAAGCCUAUGAGAAGACAGUAUAAAUUGUUCUUUGGUGUUGUCGCUCAAUUCUGUUACGUGGGUGCUCAAGUGGGUGUCGCGGCCAAUUUCAUCAAGUAUGCCGAGGAAAGCGCUAAGAUCUCAACUGCGGCUGCUACGGAUCGAUUUGCCAUUGCUCAAGGACUUUUUGCGAUUGGCAGAUUUGCAGCGGCGGGUCUGAUGAUGGUUGUUAAGCCACGUUUGGUACUCAUGCUUUUCAUGACUGCUAUUAUGAUUUUUAUCUCUAUCGCUAUUGGAGUCAAGGGCGAGGGGGGUGUUGCUAUGUUAUCUCUCGUUCUAUUCUUCGAAUCCUGCAUCUUCCCCACCAUUUUCACGCUCUCGAUCCGCGGUCUGGGCCGCCACACCAAACGCGGUUCCUCCUGGAUCGUCGCCGCCAUCUCAGGCGGAGCACUCUUCCCUUCCCUCACCGGUCUCCUCGCCGAUAAAAAAGGAUACCAUAUUUCCAUGACCGUUCCACUCAUCGGAUUCUUCGUCGCCUUUGCAUUCCCCAUCUACCUCAACACUGUUUGUGCCAAGGAAUUAGAUGGAUUCCGAGAAACGAAAAUUGGAUAUGAGGGUGCGGAUUUAGCAGCCGAGAAGAGACCGGAUAGUAUUAUCUGGGAAGAAAAAGGGACGACGGGGGCAGAUGCUCAGCAUUUGGAAUUGGAGAAUAGUAAUGAGGGGAGUAGAAGGAGAAAUGGGGGGCAUGCUUUGUAA